GAUGGAUAAGCCUUGCAAACCUGAAUAUAUUUCAAGAACAAUCACUGAAUAUGGAAUAUGCUAUACAUUCAAUUCACCUUCUUCCCAGGAUCCGCCAACCAGUUUAACUGUUACCGAGCCUGGCGUGAAUAAAGCCUUGUCAUUACUAUUCAACAUUGAACAAUACGAUUAUAUGCCUGGACCGGAAAACGACGCUGGUAUUAAGAUAUUCCUGCACAACGAUUAUAAAAAACCACGUAUGUCGGAUUUAGGAUUUGCAGUUGUGGCCGGAAUGCAUACACUCAUUGGAAUCAAACAAAUUGAUAUCUCAUAA